UAAACUUUAUUUAUUGGGUUUGGGUUACCUUAGUAACACAUUGACACAUUGACACAGCAGUCUCUUUGGUUUUACAGCAAUUCCUCCUCACCAGGUGAUGGAGCUAAUGUCGUCAUUUCUGGAGGUGAGUCAGUCAGAGAUCAAGGAGGCCGUGAGGAGAGAUCGCUGUGACUGGAUGGCCUCCAUCUACAAUCUCCUCAUCGACCAGCCCGAUGGAAGAGUUGUUAUGCAGAGACUGUUGUCAGCGGGACCUGAGGAGGCGCUGGUGGACGCGGCCCACUACCAGGGGACCAUGGAGCACUUCAGACUCUCCCAGGACCCCACCCUCCAGCCCGAUACCACACCCCCUGAGGUGGCCCGGGCCCUCACUGCUGCCGUUGCCGGGGGAACGCACUCACGAGCAGGCCACAGGCACAGCAUUGCUGGAGACCCACAAAGCAGCUACCCCUCCUCCACACUGCCUCUGCCCAGACAUGAGAAGAGACGACAUCGAGACAACACCACAUCGCCACAGCAACAGCCUCAGUCCCUGGGUCCAGUUCAGCCUCCACUGAGGAGGAUGUCGAUUGGAGGAGCUCAGAUCGUGCCCAGCUAUCCUCACGAGAAGACCCCGGGUCUCAGCCAACCUCUCCCACCAUCUCACCCUCCGCCCAGUGGAAAGGGAGGACGGAAGCUACCUCCUACGCCCAGCGAGGCUCCCUACCAGCCACACCCACUUCCUCCCCAAAACUCCGCCCACCACUUCCAUCAUUACACCGGUCGUCCACAUUCCAGGGCGGAGUCGGAACCGAAUCCUCUCCCUCUCCCCUGGAGACCGUCUCUCGUACAGAAAUAUCAGCUCUCACGAGAAGAAAACGAAGGGGCACCCCACAUGAAACCGCUCAACACUUCUUCUCUUUCGCGACAUCACACGUUUACCGAAGGUGGGAGCAGUAACCAUGGCAACCCGACACAUCUGAUAUCCCCACUCAGUCAAAUGGGCGGCGGGGCUUCGUCUUCGAUGAAAAAGCUCAAGAGGAACAAGCCGAGCUAUGGAGAGAGGUUACUGCGACCUGUUAGACCCAUUUCGACAGGUGGGGCGCUAGACAAGAGAACAUCUGCCUCAGUUGAUACAAAUCUAGAUAUGAGAGGAGGGGGGCAGGAUUACGCAACUCCCCCGCUUGUUGGACGACUCGACGGCGAUGCGAGAGGUCACAGAGGUCAGGUGGGUCCUCGUGUUGACCACACCCACACUCAGCCGCACGCCAGCUGGGCAAACUACCGAGUCGGCUCUCUUCCUAGAAGGAGUCGCGAUAUACAGGCUCUUAUGCAGAUGGGCCAACCAAUCACCUCGCCCUACAACUCUGUGCAGGAUAUAUCAGUGAUUGGAGUGUUAGACGGAGGAGGGAAGGGAUCUAUUACUAGUGUUGACAUAAAAUCAGAGCUGUUCAGUGGUGGGCGAGGGGGAGGGAAAGGAGGCGAGGCCUGGGGGCACGACGGAACAAGGAUUUCGCCAUACGGGAGUAGGGCUGGAUCAGGGUAUGCUAAUAGGAGGGUCUCCCCCUAUGGAAGUACGGGAACAUCGCCAUUUGGAAGUACGACGGUAUCGCCGCACGGAAGUCGCGCCGUUUCACCUCGUCAGAGUGCAGUUAUUUCUCCACUUCCGGACCCAGCUGGGGCAAAGGUCAUUUCUCCCAUCCACUCUAGAGUGAUUGGGAGGCCGGUCGAGAACCUUGGGGAAUUCCCCAAAUCCAAGAGACGACAUCAUCGUCGGAGUAUUUCGGCCAAUCCUGCUAACAACCCCCCGAGUCUGGACUAUUACACCCAUGAAGUCAACGGAUUAGACCACCCAGGGAUUCCAAAUGGAGAGCACCCACCGCACCGCGAUCGCCAUGGUUACGUCAAACCUCCCCACCACCUCCUCCCUGUGGCGAAUGAUUCCUCAGAGGUCAGAAGGUCAUCGGCGGGAAAGAAUCGAAAUCACACCCACCCAGGAACGAGAGAUCAGUAUCCAGAGGGGCAAUCUCAUUUGACAGAAUUAUGAAACUUUUUUGAUCCCAUUUUAUCAUUUGUUGAUGUUUUUUAUCCAGCAAUUUGUUCCCUAUCUU